ACAUUUACCAACGACGAUGUCCUGCAAUCGAGGUUGAAUGGUACUUCUUCGAGUAGCACGUUACAAACAUGAAAAGAAAACUUGCAGAAAUGUCUCGUUUUUGUCCUCUAUUUCACCCAUUUUCGUCGUAGAGAACCGUAACUUGUCAUUCAAAGAUAGGCUACCCUGGGCGUAGGUAAUGGAUUACCCAUAGGAAAAUUUCUUAUCCACGACUUUUUGCUCAAAUUUGCUGAGAUCAUGGAUGCUUUGGUGGUGCUUGAUAAUUCUUUAACCUGCUAUGACAUGCUGGAGUUGCAUUGUGGUGUUUACGGACAAAAAGAAGAGUUAAAAUGUGACUUCGGAACUUCUGAAAAGAAAUCAAUGCGCACUAAUCUUGAAUUUGUAUCAGAAAAAACCCUAUCUAGUCAAAUCAUAGAGAAACAUUUAGUGAAUUGUGUUGGAGGUUUGAACUCCAUUGAAGAUGCACUAAAAAAUGAAAAUUCCAGUGAAGAAAUUCUACCUCAGCCAUAUUCAAUCCUUGAUUCAUCAAACCCCAGGAACCAUUUUCAUACUCUGCUCAUUAAAAGGAGCACAAGUCCAUGCAUAGAGUCAUCAAUUCUGGUGCUAUCCAUAGACAGUUAUUUAGCCUCCGCUAUAAAAUACACUCUGAUGAACAACCAAACCUUCUGCAUUGGAUUUUCAAACUUUGUGAGAGAACUUUUCAAGAGAGGUGGUGUUUCAUCAAGACAAUCUCCAAGGAAGACCAACAAGAACAGAUUAGACUGGACAGUAUUUUUUCUGUUACAUCAACCAAGGAAAUAUGUCAUCAAUUAUAAGUGGUGUAAUGUUCUGCAGGUUUUAGUGACCAAGAGGAUGAUUCUAGAGGAGCUCAUGGCCUGGCUAUCAACUCUUGGUGGUGGAUAUUCAUCUCUAGGAGAUUUUGUUGUUGAACAUGCUGAAGAAGCUGGCAGGAUCUCUAUACAGCAACUGAAGAUUGCUCUUGAACUGGGUGAUGCUAUUGUCCAGUGCAAAUGUAGAAUGUUCUUUGCCCUUAGCCUGAUGCAAAAGGGUCAGUUGAGGAAAUCCAAGCAGCUACUCAGAAAGGAAUUCAUGUUUAUCAAGGAGAAGAACUUCCAGGAUGAUAAAGUGAAAAAUAUGUGGAAGGCACUUUGGGUCAAACUUGGGUAUCUUUACCAAGAGAGAACGACAAGGAGCAAGCCACUCCGAGCACAUGCUAAUGGAACAGCAGAGCAUAUCAAUAUCAGUGUCAGUUGAUGAAAAAACUAUCUAGGCCUGGUUCUUUGCUCUUACCUGUGACAGACUUUGAGCCCCACUGUGCUCGACGAAAUGAAAUCCAUAGAAGCUACAGGCUUUCUACAAAUUAAGAGACAGUCUGGUUUCUGCAAGCUUCGUAUUUGCAGCUUUUAUAAUCAAUUACUGGAUACAAGUCCCAUGGCUGCAGGUUAAUGGAUUUCAUAAUACAGUUGGGCUUUAAUGGAAUUUUUUUGUCAGAAAAUGUGUAUCAAAGGUAUUCUGUGAUAUUUGUACACUCACUCCUCACACUCCAGCAAAUUGUAUGAUAUAAUAGAUUGUGAUUUUGAAAACUCUGAAACUGAUCUUUGUUGUCCUUCGUUCCAUAGACCAGUUGAUUCAUUUGAUGAGCUUGCCUGCCACACUGA